AAAAGAAUUCAAACUUAUAUAAAAGUUGAAACAUCUACAUGGCUAUAAAGUGCGAAUUAUUUCAAAAAUCGUAGUUUGAUACAUCAAACAGAGCCAAUCAUGAAAAGUAUCUCUCUCUGCCUAGUUAUAUUUUGCUGCGGCGUAGCGUUAGCUGUUCAGUAUUGUUCUAUUUGUGCAUUUGGAGAUUGCCAUAAUAAUGUUACUUGCCUUGAUCAAGGUGUAAGUGAUGCCCAAGGAUGUAUAUCUUUCUGGGUUGACUAUGGAUCAGGAGCAAAUCUUUCAUAUACUGGCUGCUGGGACCCGAAGUAUGGAACAUGUGAACAGAUCGUUGAAGCGGAAAAGAUGAAUGGACAUGAAGCUGGGUGCAAGAUUUGUUCUGAAGACAACUGCAAUGCUCCAUCAGUUUCGGUUUAAUAAGCUAUAUCCUUUUCAUAAUGUGAAUGACAAAUAAAAUAAUUUCUUCGAGUUUCAAUUAAAUAUAUCUUACAUCCUUAGUUGCGCUGUUUUCAUUAUUAAU